AUGGGCUCCAUCCCCUUCCCCAUGAAGCACCAUCCUCCGAGCCCUGCCCCCACCUGCUCCACUCCAGAGCCCUACUGUGAGGUCAGCACCUUCCGAUGGGUUCCGUCCAGAGCUGGGACGUACUGCGAGUGCAGCCUUGGCCUCAGCCGCGAGGCCCUCAUCGCCCUGCUUGUGGUGCUGGCGGGCAUCAGUGCCAGCUGCUUCUGUGCCCUUGUCAUCGUGGCAGUCGGUGUCAUGCGAGCCAAGAGUGAGCCAUGCCCCAGACACAGGGACAGCAGGUUGGUGGGGCACUUUGGGGUCCAGGAAGAUCACAUGGACCUGCACUCAGUGCAGGUGGAGUCCCAACUCAUGGACCCUGAGCUGGAGGUCUCCAUGAUGACGCCCCUGGAGGAUCAAGGCCUCAUGAGCAUUCCCGUGGACUCGAUGGCCCAAUCCGUGACUAUAGAGGACCCGUCCCUGAGCAGGGCCACAGGCAGUCUGGGGGAGGGGAAUUAA